GUAAAUAACACCGAAGAAGAAGACGUCACGUGAGCGCCACGGCGUCUCACGUGACUUUGUUUUUCUGGCCCGCCCGCUGCAGACUCUGGAGUAGGUGCGUGAAAAAUGGCGAGAAACGAAGAAAAGCAGCAAGGGAGGCUGAACAGACUGUGGCUUCAGAAGGAGAGAGAGGAGGGGCGCCUGAGAGAUGUGCACCAGCGGAGGCCCAAGCUGGCAACCCUCAACUCCGCUCCCUGUGUGAAAAAAUGGAUUCCCAGCAUCAAGAAUGAAAUAGAAUAUUGCUUGCAGCAAUCCCAGCUUUCUCAUUAUCCAGAGAGGAAGAUCACCGAGUUCCAGCAGCAGAUUGAAGCGUUAGAAAAAGAGUACAAGAGCUUCAUCGCCAAGCUCCGACUGCUCGACCCUUCAUGUAAACACAAGCCGUGGACCCCUCGAGCGUACUGCAAAAGGAGAGCAGAGAUACAAGAGUCUCCUGUUGGUAAAAAACCUCGAAGCGGUGACGAUGAAGGCGAGAGUGAUUUGAACUGGACAAGGUGUUGCACACCGUCAGCCACUGAAACACAUGAACCUCUUGUCUACUCGGAGACCAAAUGUCAAACCCCUGUCCCCACCAACCCAAUCUCAGCAACCUCAGAGGGAGGUUGCAGAGACCAGGACCAGCCCCUCUGCUUUGACCGUACGCGGCUUGCAGUGGCUGCUGCUGCAUUCAGGGGGUCAUCAGUUCAGCUUGGCUCUUCUCAAACACAGACCCUGGCCAGGGUGCUGCAGUCUGGCCUGCCAAACCUCAGUAAUUCCACAUCGAGACAACAGUUUGCAUUGCAGAGCACAAACACGGAGAACAAUGACAGAACAACAGCAGGUUUGGUUGUCCGGUGGCAAAGUGUGGUCCAAGGACAAGAGUCCGACCCUGGAGCAGCAAAUAUACCUGAGAAAUCGACAAACAACAGCACAGGACAUGUGCUAGGACUAGACUGUUACUCAUCUGAUGAGGACACAUGAUUUACUUAUAUUUUCAUUAUAAAAAUUGUGUUUUCAUUAGUCAGAAAUUUAAUAAAACUUUUGUAUGAUUGAUGCUUGAGUAGUAGUGUUUUGUGUGAAAAUAUGUCUUAUUGACAUUUUGUGAAAUAAACUUAUAAAACAAUA